GACUCGCGGCAGGCCAGUGUCCUACGGUCGGUUGCGAAGGGAACGCACCACAAAUGCUCUGGGAACACUAACACUGGUGUCGUUGUGUUUUGAUUUGAUGACGCUGAAACUACGUGUGUUGAAAGUGAAAGUGUGUUGAUAUAAUGUGCAGCCGUGACCUCUGUUUCCUAAAGACGGUUAUAAGUUAAAUUUUUUCUUUCGAUCACGUUUAUAUGUUAUGCUAGCCAAGGCUACAGAUACUUCUGUGUUGCAUUUUUGCUUAAGCUGAAUACAAAAGGGGAAGAUGGUGUAGACGAAUAGUGAAAGGCGUACGAAUGCAAGGAAAAUUAAUGGUGAAGUGAUGAUGAUAUCACAUCAUGACGACAAUUUCCUCUUGUUAGUACUAUAAGUAAAGAGCGGUUAGAGGCUGCAUGCAAAUUGCAAGUGGCUCGCCUUGGCAGUAGCAGACGAUACCGAAAGUACGAUCUCAUUGUUAAAAGAGUUGUAAAAGUGAAAAGGUAGCAGAGCGUUCACCCCAGCCCAGCCUCAUGACAGCAGCAACACCGCCUACGUCAGGGGGAAGAAUUCAUUGAUUAGUUGUGUUGUCAGUGUUGUACGGAUAAGAAACGGCGUGAUGUGCCAGACAGUACACGGGGAGUUGGGGUCCUUGGCAUGGGGCACUGCGGCUACGGGAGGCACCCUGAGAGUGCCAAGACCAGACAUCCAGUGCCACCACCACCCACCACACAACCAAAACAAACCCCACAACCCCCGCCCUUCCUCCUCCUGCAAGGGCGUAGCCAACACGUGUCGACAGCUGACGCUCCUCAUAGCAUGUAGGCAGGGACCUACUCUGAAGUCACUCCUGCUGGUGGCGCUGACGCUGGUUGUGGUGGUCCCGGGGGCGUGGUGCUAUCCCGUCAUGAGUCGUCGUGAUGAAGUUUGGGAGAGAUGGGUACCCAGACAACGCAGAGAACUCAUCAACGAUGAAACGCAAUGGUACCUGAUGAAGUAUGGUUACCUCCCCAUGUCUGAUAUGGAGACAGGGAAUCUUCGGACGGAGUAUCAGCUACGAGAGGCUAUAAAGACCAUGCAGCGCUUUGGUCACAUUCCAGUCACCGGCCGCAUAGACGAGGAUACGAAGGCCUUGAUGAAGCGGCCCCGGUGUUCCUUACCAGAUGUCAUGCCUGGGAAUUAUAACCUCCAAGCCCACAGUCGGGUCAAGAGAUUCGUCAAACAAGGCAGCCGUUGGGACAGAUACAACCUCACUUGGGGGAUUCGGACGUAUCCAACCCAAAUUCGAGAGAGAACCGGAAGACCGGGUCACCUCACCCGAUGGGAGAUUCAGCGCGAGAUCCGAUUAGCUACAGAGGUCUGGGGCAGGGCGUCGCGUCUGGUGUUUCUAGAGCAGGAGAACAACCCAGAGAGAGCAGAUAUCAUCGUUGAUUUUAAAACGGGUUACCAUGGUGAUGGAUAUCCUUUCGACGGUCAAGGAAGGACUCUGGCCCAUGCCUUCUACCCUGGGCAUGGCAUUGGUGGUGAUAUGCACUUCGAUGAUGAAGAAAUGUGGGUUCAGCAUAAAGAUUCAACCGACACGUGGGACCACGUUAGUUUAUUUAUUACUGCAGCGCAUGAAUUAGGCCAUGCGUUAGGCCUUUAUCAUUCAGAUGUCGAAGGGGCCCUCAUGAGUCCUUACCUCAUUAAGUUUCCCUCAACUUUCGACUUGCCCGAAGAUGAUGUUCGGGGAAUCCAGGAACUAUACGGCAUUGAUGAAAACUGGAAGGGAAAUGUCCCUCCGACGCCGCCUCCCAAGCCCACGCAGCCCCCCACCAAAUCGCCCACCAAGAAGCCUGUGCUUCCUCCCAAGAACACAGGCAAACCAGACACUUGUGAUACCGACUUCGAUGCUAUAUCAGUGAUCAGGAGAGAGGUUUAUAUUUUCAAAGGAAAAUAUUUUUGGAGACUCAACUCUGCUGGCGUUCUUCGUCCUAACUACCCUGCUGAAAUCAAUCGAUUUUGGACCAUGCUCCCCAAGAAUAUUACGCACAUAGAUGCCGUUUAUGAAAGACCACACGAUUCAAACAUCGUAUUCUUCGUAGGUGAUCAUUAUUACGUAUGUCAAGGCAACCAUUUACUACUAGAAAGCAAGCCUCUGACAGAACUUGGAUUACCCAAGGAUCUCAAGAAAAUUGACGCAGCUUUUGUCUGGGGCCAUAACGGGAGAACUUAUUUCUUCGCCGAAUCGAUGUACUGGAGGUUUGACGAGACUGUCCAAAAUGUUGAGCUUGAUUAUCCCAGGGAUAUGGUAAUGUGGAGUGGCGUUCCUUACAGUAUUGAUUCAGCUUUCAAAUUCAAUGGUACAACGUACUUCUUUAAGGGGAAAAUAUUCUGGGAAUUUGAUGACCUACGCAUGAAAGUGAAACCCAAAUCCCCAGCUUUAUCGGCACCAUUUUGGUUUGGAUGUCCCAACACAAAAAAUCAGUUCCUUCUGGGCGCUCCCGUCAGCGAAUCAGAUUCAGCUUCAUCAGUGGCUACUAACAUCGUUGCGUUAUCAACAGCACCUCUCACAGUAUUAACUUUAAGGAUAACAACACUACUUUUGUCAAGUCUCAGUUUAUGAAGUGGAAAGUUCAUACUAUGGAUAAACCUCUUACUUUACUCAUGUUUAACUUCCUGAAAGGCAUGUUUAACCGAGUGCUGGGUUACCUCUAUAAACGAAAACUCAUUCAUCAUUCUGCCAGGUGAGUUUUCCUCCGCCACCAGGGGAGGGGGGAGGAGGGGACUGCCCUCUUUCUCUUUGCUUGGCGCUCGCUGCCGCUGGUCAGUGAAUGAUGUGUGUGGCGCGUCAUUGCAAUCGGGUUCCAUGGAUACUACAUAGUUCCAUGAUAAUACUUCACUCAAUCCUUUGUUGUAUAUCACUUGAUGAGGUAAGUACUGUAUCUUUUAGCUAUUCAGUUUUGGGAAUACCUAUAUUAAGAGUAAGGGCUGCAAUUGAUUUCAAAUUGACAGUACUAGUGAACAUUUUUUGUCGCAGAUGCUCACCUUGUUCACAUGCCAUCUAUAGGUAGCUAUACUCAGUAGGUAUUUUGAGGGCAAACUUGUCAACGUUCCCAUUAAAAAUAUACAAGGCAGGCGGUAUUUGUAGGCUGAUGGGUAGUGGUCACUGACCUGGAAAAAAUUGACUGAUUUUCUGUGGGAAUCUUUGUCACGGAGGUUCCCUUGUGCACUGAGUAGUAGGUAUCCCCUUUCCUUGUGACAGCUAAGGGAAUCUUAGUCCUGAUGUAGGUAGUCUUGCUAACCUGUUUCUCUUCUGCUGGAAUAUGCCUUCUAGUUUCUUUCCAAUCCCCAGUGGCUUUCUCAUUCGUGGGACCAUUCCUUGCAGUCCGCGUGGAAUUAUUGCCUAGAAAUACCGUACCAUGUAUUUUGCUUCAGGGAUGUCAUUCACCAGUUUGUGGAGUGUUCUUCAUAAUGCCAGUAUAGGUAGUUGAAAGGGAGGGUAGGCAUCUGACGAAAAGCUCCUUUGUCUCCCAUCUUCCAGGUCUCUUUAAUGGGUAACUCAUUAGGUAAACAGUAGCAGCACCUUUGUUAAUGGUUUGUAAUGAGGAUCACCAUAGGUAUAUAAAGGUUGUAAGGACUAUGGUAGAUACCAACCCUACUGAUGUCCAGUCAUGAAAUAAGUGGUGUCCAUUGUAGGGGUUAUGUUUUUUAUGUAAAUGUAAACCAUCCUAUGAUGGGAAAAAUACGUAUUAUGUAGUUGAAAAGGGACUCCUCCUGGUGGUGGGGGAUACUCAUUUGAGAAAUAAAAACAUUUCAUGCUUUUAUUGAUUUUUUUCAGCACUCGGCUAACUGUGCCUUUCCAGGCAUUAGCAUAAGCCAUAAGGGAAGUAAUUAGUAGUCUGUAUUUGUGGGUCAUGGAAUUUAUUUUGAAUAUUGUAUCAUAGAGGCAAGUACUAUGGUAAGGUAGCAAAUUGCCAGGCCUGGGAGUUUCCUAUUGGAUUAGUUUACAAGAUAGUUUGUUAACAGUUUUACUUUGAGGACAGAAAGAGUAUCAUUAUAAUGUACGUACUAUAUUCUAAUUUUAUGAAGCAGAACUUUAUAAUUGUGGGUGAUAUAGUGAUGUUGGUGUAAUUGAAAGUUUACCCUAAAGUACGUAGCUGAAAUGUUGACUUGAGAAUGCCCUCAGUGUUUUGUGAAGAAUGAAAUAUUGUAUUUUAGAAAGUAAAGGGCUUUUGACCCUUUUAUGUAAUUCCUAAAGAAAUUUACAUAAACUGUACAUUAAAUCAGUAGUAUUGUACUCAGUAAUGUAUCAGUUGGUUUAAUACUGGUACCUACAUAUUACUUCUUGUAACCAAUUUCUCUGCUUAUAGUAACAAGCAUAUAUGAUCUUAGUGUACCCAUUUAAGGAUUCAAACUUUCAGGCAUGGCUGCAUUUUAUAAUAUUGUUUCUUUAAGAAAUAGUUUUUACAGGAAUUGAUAAUGAUUGGUGUAUGCCUUGUAGCAGAGAAAUUAUUAAAAUCCUUUAUUACACCCAAAUUCUUCCAGUUUUGGUAGCCGUCAUUUACUGUGAUUGCACAUGUUUUUAGCAUGAUGUUCUUGGGCUGUAGCUUAUGGUAAUUUGAAGUAUCAAACAGGAUACUGAUAGAAAAGUUCUCACCCAAUGACUAUACAAUAUAGUACAGGUAGUAUAUCAGUCAAUGUUUGUCUGGAGAGACAUCUGAAGCCUUUACUGUAUACAGUAUUUAUAAUUUUUAAAUUCACGUUUUCAUUUAUUUAUUUGUUUGUAUCCUUAUUUUAUUUUUUGAAAACUUGACAAGUCUCAUGUGCUCCAUGACUGUUUACUGAGUUGCAUACUAAAAUUAUUCUAUAAACAGCUUAUAAGCCAUGUGACUUGUCAUUCAUACUUUGUUCACUGCCAGUGGUUUUAUACAUUAUGUACUAAUUUAAAACUCAUUUAAGUCAGUUGUAGAUAUAUGUAAAGAUGGAUGCUGUUAGGCAGAAAUCUGUAUGCUUUUGAGUGACUAGCUACUAUUCAAUACUGAGGACAGUAUACACGCAGAAGUUUUGGCACCAAGUCAGUUGGCUGCCUCUGGGAGAGUACAGUAUUUGGAUGUGGAUACACUGUCUGAAGAUUAAUCUCUAACAGAAUUACAUAUAUCAUAAAUAUAAAAUGUUUCUCCAAAGUGAUUAUUUAAACAAGUACUCUAUGGAUCAGGAAAUGCUUAGGAUUGGAACUGCGCUUAGCUUAGUUGUGAGAGAGUUUUUGAUGACUUACUGUUCAAAACUACUUAACAGGAUGGGUUGUCUGGUAAUGGCAACUAUCCAUUAUCAGAGCUGUCAGGUGUAGCCUACAGUAUGCAUUGCUGGUACCAGAUGCCAGUAAUAAUCUUCUAAGCUCUAUAUGAUCGAUUUAAGAGUAAAAAUGCUAAAUGUGUCUCUAUAGGUAGAAUUGCGUGAAUUUCACUUGAAAAAGGGCUCCAUUAUCCAUGGGGAAUGUGUGCCAAAAAUCCCUGUGGAACCCUGAAACCACAGAUAAUUAUGAACAUCUGUAGACAUGUCACAUUCAAAUAAGAUGUAUUCUUAUACAGUACAUAAUAAUAAGAAAAAAGAUUUUAAAGUAACUUGACUGAGCAAUAUACUACAGGAUUAUGUUCAAAGUGCUAAAUGUGUACUAGUGAACCUGUUUAUGACCAUAUAAACCCUAGUGCCCCUUAUGAUAACCAUUAUCUACUGAUGAUAGAUGAUGAAGAAUAGUAAAUUAUGGAUGCAGUAUUACUUGUAUGUACUUUAACAAAAAAUUCAAAGAUGUGAAGAACAGUUGAUGUUUAUGAAUGUGGUGCUUUGACAUUAUCAUUUUUUGUUUUUAUUGCUUCAGAGCACAGGGAUUUUUUGUCGGUACACAAUAGCAGGCUGAAUCAUACUGCCCAGUUGCACUACCACACACCACUAGAGUUGGCCAGUCCUUUCAUGCUUUAAAGCAUGGCACCUGCUGUUCAGUUUGGUGGACAUAGGUAGCAUUUUUUUUCCAAAAUAGACCUGGUUGUCAUACAGGCAGUCCCUGGAUUAACGUCAGGUUUGGGUUACGUCGUUCUGGACUUAACAACACUAGGCUCACUGCGCCAUUAACCCCUAUUUUUCACUGCCAUUACUCAUUUUAUGGCGCUGUAACCUGGAUUUACAGCAUUUACAGCGCCAUAACAGCGCUAUGUGCUAUUUAUUCCCAUUCUAAUUAUGAUGGUUCUGGUUUAAGCCAAUUUUCGGCUUAUGGCGCGCCACCAGGGAUGGAAUCCUAUUGUAAACCAGGGACUCCCUACUUAAAAACCUGCUUGGGAUUGUAGCCCGUCUUUGAUUACGUAGUUUCUUAAAAUCUCCCUGUAGGAAAUAUGUUGGCAGCCUCGUCAUCCACAGAUGCCAAUUCUUGAGAAAUCUUUUUAUUCUUUAGGUGAAAUUAAUGGUUGAUUGAUUUAAGCAUCCCCUACUGGCUGUGAUUUAAUCAUUCCCUACUGCUGCAAAUUACUUAGUUCCCUCUUUAACUUAAUCACUGAAAUGUUCAUACAGGCUUAAGGCUUUCUGCUAUAGAAUAUUCCAUUGAUAGGAAUACAUCCAUUUGCCAGUUUUCUAUCUAUACACGGCUUUUUCUGCCUUUACCAAUACUUAAUAUCAAACUAUUGAACUAACUUUUGAAUUUGUUGGCUUAUUAGCAAACUUCUCAUUUAUAUUUUAAGUCCUGCUUGAGAAUUUCCUAAUGAUCUCGGCAUAAGAAUAUUUUUCCUAUUUCAGUCAUAUCAAACACUAAGUUUUCAGGUGAAGUUGGAACCUCAAAAGUCCUCUUGUGCUUCCUCUCACUACCACUGGGAACAUUUAUUGGAUUCUGUGGAGCCAUUGCACAGGUUUAUUAAGGCUUUGUAGAAUAAUGAAUCUAUCUCUUAUUUUAUGGGAGAUAUGUACGCUAGGGACAAGGUGACUUUUGGUUUUGAUGCUUGAUGGAACAAAAGGUGAUGAGUGGGUAGCCUACUAGCACCACAUGGCCCUUUUUGUGAUCAUGUUUUCACAUGUUGGUUUGGUGUGAUGUUUACAAAAGCAUAGUUAAAGGAUGCACCAAAUCUAGUUGUUUAAUGGUGUAGAGGUAUAUAAGCAACAUAAUGGCAUAAAACAGUCAUGGCAGAUAUGCUAGAUAAAGAGACAUCACAGAGUAUUUUAAUAGUUUACUCUAUUCUCCUCUGCUUUCCCUUACAUUAAUGGCAUACCUUGGUCAUGCACCACUGAUCUACUCUGCCAUAUAUUGCCAUAUAUUUUUUUUAUAUGGCUCUUACUGAUCAGGUUAGAGAGACAGGUCACUGUUUGCUGUGUUAACAGAACCUUUUCCAAAGUGAAUAUCAGAUUUUUCCCAAUUGCAGUAUUUUUAAAUGAAAAUGCACUGUGGCUUUUUUGGCUAUUUAAAUAAAAUGAUGUUGAAAUGUUCUGACAACUCUAGAUCAGAAAGUUGCCAGCUCAAGCUACUCAUUGCACAGUCUUCUCUACUACUACUUCUCAUGAUUUUAAAAGACUACAAAGGAACUGCCUAUGUGGUAACUGCUUGGUUGCCAGUUGUCAAGGGAAUAAGUUUCAUGUGUGAUAGGAAUGUUCAAGACUCAAUUGGAGGGGUCCUAGGAAGACUGCCCAACUCUUAGUGGUUUUUUAGCCAGAAUAUGCAGUUUCUAAAAAAGAAACAACAAUACAUCUUGAAAGGUUUUGUAAUAGUUUAGCAUAUUAGGUCUUUUGAGUUGCUGGUUAUCUUUGGAGGGAGAGAGUCUCAGUUUUGAAGGGGUGUCCAUGGCCUCCUUGAAGAGCAGUAUGUGGUGAGAAGAUGAUUUCAGUAGUUCUUGUACCUAUAUAUUUAGAAUCUCUUGAAAGUGUAUUUUUAUACUGAAGGUCUUUGGUUGCAGAGCAUGUAAUCAUUAAGAAUAUUAGAUCUUUAGAUCAUCAGUACCUUUCAGUUUGUGGAACUUUUAGAGACUUUUUGAUAAAAUCUUUUAUGACAUCAUUGUUUGGUACAGUGGAUGCCUUUCUUCAUGAAGGACAUUAACAAGCCCCAAAUAGUCUUGAGUGUCGCUCAUUAGGACUUAUGAUUCUGGUGUUUAUGAAACAUGAUGAUCUCCAUGGGAGUUGUCACAUGAAAUCUUUGGAAAGGAAGAUGUAUGCUUACCUUUGAAGAUAGCCUCUAUUUACUUCACCUUCCCAAUUCUCUUUGCAGGUUCAGUCCAGUCUGGACAAAAUAAGGCAAUUUGGUAGCCUUUGCCAUUUACUUUAACAGAAAAAAAAAUUCAUUGGCUUUCUUCAAGAUGUCCAUUCUCUGAAAGGGACAACGUUAAUUCCUUCAGAGAAAGAUCUUUGGCAGCAGCCAAGAUGUUCUAAAUAUCUGUGGCCCAUCUCUGCAGUAAUGAGGUUUGCCAAAUGCAGUCUGGCAUCCCAAGUCCUCAAGUAAAAAUGAGGGUCUGUGAAAUAGUUGUUAAUUCACCAUUCCAGCACUUUUCUAAUCUGAUCAGUUUAGAACAGCACCCAAGUUACUGGGGACAGCAGGAGAUUAAUACGUAUUACUGUUCUUUUCUUGAAUUGAGUCAUGAAGCAGCUAUUUUUGCAUAACAUUUGAUCAUUAAAAGCUAAUUAGUGUACCAUUACCAACAGUUUUGGCCCUUCAAAUAAUUCUUUUCACUCUUAUGUUGAUAUCCAUUUAUUUUGAGAUCCUUACAGAUUAUUCCUUGAGUCAUCCUUCUUUGGAGUUUUUUGUGGUGGCACAAUUGCUUUCUCUGGAAAAGUAGACAGAUUUGAAUCUGGUCAAAAAGUUAAUGGCACAGUCCAUCUAUGAGCUUCCUUAGGUAACUGGAGGGAAUGUUAUUAUUCUGUAAGUGUUGCUAUUGCAUUUAUAUACGUACUAGCAGCACUGACUUUAUAGAUUGAACAUUAACUUAAAAGGAUGACCUGGGCCAGUGGUACCCAUAAGUACCCCUCCAGUUUUAAUAUUGGUCAGGUUUUUUCGGGGUGCCUUACGUGGUCAUUGUAGGUUAGUAUAGUACAUAGUAUGGCUCAUAGUGAAGCUGGAUUUUCACUGUUAAAGAUUGUUUUCUAGGUGUAUCUAAAUCUAAGUACUUUCUCUCUACGGUUACUGUUACAUUGCACCAAAAACUUCUUGGGGAGGUCUCAUAGUUCUAAGGAUGUUUUCCAAAUAUUUAAUGUUCAUUUCACACAUUUCUUCAUUUCUAAGGUUGCCUGUUUGAAAUUCUGGAGUUCUAACAAACCAUGCAGAAUAUUAUAUCUGUAGAACUUUGUGCCUAAAGUCACUGUUGAUUUAAGGGUGAAUAGGACAGAAAAACAAGUUGGAUAUGAAAUAUUAAGUCUUAUUCUACUUGGCUCCUUUCACUUAAUGUUUAUAGGAAUUUUGUUUUAAUACAGUCAUAGUAGUGAUUUCUGUUUUUAAGUUUACUUUGUAAUUACAUUUUGUAGCUUCACUGAUUUUGAGUUACAUUGAGAGAAAGUGCUUUUAAUAUUUCAGAUAUUUCAAACAAUUUCAGACAUAAAGAUUUUAAAUGUUAGCAGUUAAGUUGUAGUGUUUUUAUAAUAGGAAUCAUCUACAGAGGUUUAUAAUCCUUGUAGACUUUUCUUGUAAACUUUAAAAGUAAAACUGCAAGUACUUUCCAGGUAUAUUAAACUGCAAUUGUAUUCUUACAGAUUUGAUUUUUUAAGUAUAUACUGUACAGUAAGUAAGAUUUAAGAUUCCUUAUUUUGAAACACAUGAUCAUAUGCUGAAACUGUGUAAGUCAUUCUUGGUUAACAGUGUCAUUUAGGCAUACUGUCUUAUUUGCAUUAUGUAUGUUAAGCUUUGCAGACCAUAAUAUUUUCUAUUUUUCUGUCCCAGAUGUGACAAUAAGUUUCUGUGUACUGUAAAAGUACUAAAACAGCUAAACCUAUCGUUGUUAAAACAGGCAUUGUUAGUAUAAAUAUUAAAUGUACCAGUAUCUUAUCUGUAAAGUGACAGGUUUUAUAUUGUGUGCAGUAAUGUUCCAUUGGGAAAAGUAUGUGCUUAUGGCUUUCUUAAUUAAUAUGUAAUUACUUGUCCUAAAAACAUUGUGAUCAUUAGAUUUUGACCAGGAGCUUGAGAUAUCGUUUUUCACAAUUCUCAGUAUUUAGAGGAAAAAUUUGUGGUUGUUCUGUGUUGUAAAUUGAUAGCUCCCAAGCUUUCUUACUGCAAAUAAUAGAUAGUGAUGAUAAAUUUGAUUUAUGGUUUUAUAGUGAUGAUAAAUUUGAUUUAAGGUUUUAUAGUACCAUUGCUUUGGUAUGUCAAUGCAGUUUUUAUGUUCUUUGUUGUUAUUAAAAAAUGCUGCAGUCAUAUUUCUCCUCCAUGCAUACUUUACCACUUGAUUUUAUAUGAAUCUCUGAGGCUGUUUUAUUUACAGUAAUUUAUCACUGCUGUAUUGCUAGUCACGUUUGAAAUAAUGCUGAUGAAUUUAGGUAUUAGUACAUAUAAGGUCAUUGUAAAUCAUUAUCAGUAAGAUAUCACUCAUUUUCCAGUUUGUUUUGAAUUAAAGUGUAUUUUUAAAAGGUCAUUGGCAUUGGGACCAACAAGAGCUUCAUUGUCAUAUGAGCCUACUCCUAUUUAUUUGGUAUUGAUCAUUCAUUUUUGCCAUAGAAUAAUUGGAGAUGAAACACAUCACAGUUGUCUGCUAUUGUCUUAGACAUAUUUUAGUUGAUACAGAGGUAUGCUAGAUGGCAGUAGUAUUAAUUUUUGAAUAGCUAGUAAAGAUACUUACAUUGUUAAAACAGUAGUAAUUUUCAAAUAACUAUACUUACUAGAAGUGCAUUACUUUCUUGUCCAUUUAAGAGAGUUGCAUCACCGUGCAUGUGUAAAAGUUUGGUUUGUCAUAUAUUGUCAUUUUUUUAGCAUAUAUUAUCAUUAAUUCUGGUGCUGCCUAUGGUGUGCCUUAUGCAAUUCACUGUAGACUGUACUUAAGGUUUGUAAUUUUCAUGUUUCCUUUGGCCUUUUCCCACACAUCUGCCCACCUUUGACCUUGCCUUCAUCUAAUAUCCACAUCAAUCUGUGACCAUGGAAUUGCCUGAAUGGGAAGUGGAGAUCACUUCAGAUUUGGAGCUUAUCUGUAGUAUACCUGAACCUGAAUAUGAGAAUGAUGGAGAGAAUCUGACUUCACAUUGCAGAAACUAUACUGUAUCUCUGUUGUGGAUGUUGGGAACCAUGUUCAUCUUGGCUGUACUUAUUUUACCCUUUUCUCCAGAACUGCUACAAGAAUGUAAUUGGAUGUAAACAUUUGUUUCAUAAUUAGAUAGAAAAUGGGCCUAAACAUAGUUUGGUCUGCAAUUCGAGGAACAAGUUGAAUUUUAUAAAUAUAGAUUCAGAGGUAACUCUACAGUGAUUACUAAGUAAGACUGGUUAAUAUUCUCAGCUAUAAGGAAUGGUUAUUACUGUAAGCAGCAUAGUAAACAUUGAGUGCGCUUUUGGUUGAAAUUGUUCCUAGCACACCACAUUGAGAACCCAAGAUUUAGAGCCAAAAUGAUUUUUCUGCCUACCAUUUGUUUGAAGAUUAGAGUAGUUAAACUUAAUAGAUGCCAUUGGUUUCUCUCAAACAAGAACAACUACAAUUAGAAUCAAUGUAGACACUGAAAAAGAUUGAUAAAAAGCUUGUUAAGACAUCAUUACUUUGGAGGAUAUUUUACUGGAACAUGUUUGUAAAAACAGGAGUACAGUAUUAAGUAUUCAUCCACAACAGCCUUAGGGGUGUUAGUCCUAUUAGUGACCUCUUGUGAUGCAUUGUUGGCAUUACUCCUAGCUGCACCCAGUUUUUAGCUUUGACUACCGACCCCCAACCCUGCUAACCAUUAACUCUUACUGCAACUGUAGAGUUUUCUCCUGGUUUCACUUUAGAUCAUUGUACUUUAUCUCCUUUGUUUUCUUAAUGUCUCUGUUCAACCACUAACUUUUUCCCUGUCUAAAGCGCUGAAUGGGUGAAAGUGCUGUAGUGUUUCCAGAUGUUGAAUUCAAGAGCUAUAUGUAAUUGGUUGUCUUAAUAGUAAUACAGUACCUUUAGUGCUGUCCAGAUAAACCUGAAAGCUAUCAUAUGCUUGAUACACUUCAGUGGAUUAGGAAAAUUAUGGAAUCUUAAAAAAAUGAGACAUCUGGUAAUACCAGGCUGACAAAAAUUUAGAGAUCUUGUGUGUAGAAUUUCCAUUAGUCAGUAAACCAGUGCAGUAUCUGCAUAUCUCCCUGAGUAAUUGGGUAGUAGAUAUAAUUUACUGAAAACUUGCCUGACCAUUAGUUACCUCAAAUGGUAUGCAGUUGUAUUUCUUUGAUUGAUAGCACCUCAUAUAUAAGAUAUAAUGAAAAUGAUAGUACAGUGCAGUUUGUGGGAGAGGGUAAGCACCACCAUCCUUAGAAAUAGUUAUUCCUUUCAAGGUGAAUCACUCUUCAAGAAGUGCUGUACUGAUUUUGACAUAAAUUUGCUAUCUUUACCUAAAAAUAUACACAUGAAUGUUUCCAUUUCAAAUUGAAACUCAAUAUGUCAAAAGAGAAAGUUCAAAUUAGAUAGCCAAAUGGAUGUUUUCUUAUCUAGAGAUUAUUUCACAUUCUACACACCAUGCUUUUGGGUUAAGCACCACAACAAGGAGGCUAUACUAUUAUAACCAUUAGCAAGAUCUGUGUAAUGUAAUGUAAUGUUAGCUUAAAUUAUGCCACAGUCUUGAUGCUACAUGUACUAAUAGCUUUUUGGGCUGCUUAGAUCAAUCAACAGAAAUCUGAGCAAGUGUUACUUACUGAUCAUAUGUAAUAUUAGAGUAGAAAGGACAGCACUGAUGGUGACAACCAGGGUUAGUGCAGCAUCACUAACAUUUCCAGGUGUAAUAAACAUUUCAUAGUUAUUCAGAUGCAAUAUUUUUUAUUUAUCACAACUCAACCUAACAUGAAAAAAUGUUGAUGCAUAUUACCUGUAAAGUUGCAUUUCACAACUCUUUCUACCUUUGCUCAUACUGAACUAUUGUAUUCUUAUCUGUAGGGGAUUAAUAUUUAUAGUGUACCUGUGUGGCACAGUGCAGACAUUAAAGGUUCAUUGCAGUGCACCUUCAUCCCAGAUGCAUUGCUUUCUUUCUUUCUCUUUUCAGCCAUUUCCAAGGUUUUUUCCACCUAGUGGUCUUAACUUCUGUCAUACUUUAUUCUGUUUUCCACUCUGGUUUAAGAACAUUUUUUGGGUGACCUCAUUAAAAGUCUAAACAGUGUGAUCAUUGAACCAUUUUACAUUAGUAUAUCAACCCACUGACCAUUAAAGGAGUGAACAAGCAGUGUAGGUUACUCUUACUACACCACAACUAAUAUGGGGUGAAGUUUGAAUACUAUUUGAUAUAGUAUUGUAGUGUGCUCUACAGUUUCACCCAGUGUCCAUUUCAGAAUAGGCCUGUAAAUUGUGAUAUUUUUAUUUUGGUUUGCAAAGCUUUGUGUGGUUUAUGUAAAAAGUUGGUGGUAUUAUUAGGUAUAUUAAACCUUUACUGUAAUAAUAAUGUGUAAAUGUGAUUAUAAUACUGUACUGUAUAUUGUGUAUAUUCCAGCGGAACUGGUUGAAAGUAAAUUAUCGUUUUACACAUGAAAUUAGAAUUUGGUAAUUUAUCUGUGAAAAAUAUUUGCUCUAUGUGAUGUGCUAUACUCCAUUUCAUAUUUAGCUUGUUGUACAAGAUGUAUGUUUUUAUGUAUUGUUGGUCUUACUUUUUGUCACCAAUUUUACACAUCUGUGAUAUUCUUUAGAACAAUUUUUCAUUAAGCUUCAAAUACACUUUUGCUAUA